AUGGUCGAUCAAGACAGCUUAUCGAAGUUGGACCAAGCAAUCUCUAGUCGGUGUGGUCACUUGAGAAGCACUAUUAUAGAAAGACACGAGAAAAAGUCACGCUGGCGUUCAACAUCAGACAGUGAACAUAGCAUCAUGAACAAAUGGGUCGUUAAUGUCUCACAGCGAAAUUUGUCCAACAACGAAAUAGAUUUGUUAAGAAAGGGUCUAAAUUUUGUCGGAACUCCGAGACGUGUACCAAAGAAAGAAAUACUAGCGUCGGUUGAACAAGGUAUCAAGGAUCUUACAGAAGAAGCAAAAAACGACAUACGAGCUGGCGUCUUCUCAAUUUUGAAACAUGCUAAACCCCUCUCAACACAGAAUUUAACUCGGGGCGAAAGGAAAGCAGUUAAAGACUUGAAGUCAGAGGACACGAUUAUCAUAACAAAAGCUGACAAAGGAAAUGCUGUGGUUAUAAUGGAUAAGGCAAAAUAUACUGAACAAGUAAACGAGAUGCUUGGAGAUCAAACAGUUUAUACACGCAUCACCGAUAAGAGAAGAAAUCCCACCAAACGGACGGAAACUGACUUAGAGAAUAUACUGAAAGAGCUUCGACGCUCGAAAAACAUAACUGAUAGAGAAUAUUGGCAGCUACGAGCUUUUGAUUCUUCCCCUGCUACAUUUUAUGGUUUGCCAAAAGUCCAUAAAGUGUCUCUCAUCUGCAACCAAGACCACUAUACCCUGAGCGAAAGUUCUGUGGACGUCAUUCCUUUACGUCCAAUUAACAGCAACAUUGGUUCACCUACAUAUUCCCUAUCAAAAUACCUUGCAAAAUUGUUAAAGACCUUUUGCGCAAAAAACGAGUUUUCUAUAAGUAAUGGGAAAGAAUUCGCUGAUUUUGCCAAAAGUCAAACGUUAGGGACGGAUGAAACUAUCGUCUCUUUUGAUGUUGUGUCCUUAUUCACAUCCAUACCUGUUCCGUUUGCCUUGCAUAUUGUACAAAAGAAACUUAAAGAAACUGAUUCAUGGAAGUCACAUACAGCACUGAAAGAAGAACAAGUUGUGAAACUAUUAAAAUUCCUACUUAACAAUUGUUACUUUAAAUUCAAUGAGACACACUAUCAUCAGAAGUCAGGAUGCGCCAUGGGAUCACCU